AUAUAUAUAUAUAUAUAUAUACAUAUAUAUCCCCGCACUCGUCCCUUUGACUACAAAGAUCAUGUGGCGUAUGCUGGCAGCAGUGAGGCGAAACCUCCAAAACAUAAAGAAGAGCCCAAGAGUCGCCGAUGAGAGUAUGUUUGCAGGUGGAAAUGGAGGUCGUGAUCAGUUGCCGAUCUAUGGGCGUAGACAAAAUGGAUGGAAUGGCUUUUCGCUUAUAUACAGCGUUGUGCGAGUUCCGAUUUCGAUUCUUUCGUGCUUUUCACACCCACAUGUGAAUGGUACCGACGGGGUGUGGGUGUCAGGUGAGUUUGCACAGCUUUCAGAGAUGAAUCAUCUCAUGGUAAACGACAGCAUGCGCUAUGCAAUACUAAUGUAGAGAUGUCAAUGUAAGUGAGCAUUAGAUUGGUUUAGGUUCUUGCUUUCGAAAGGACUUUGGGGUUUUCUACCUUCUUUACAGUAGUUUUUUUUUUUUUUUUGGGCUUCUUCUUUAUAGUAGUAGACAAGUACUUGCAUGGAUAUAUAUUAUAUAUUGCUCGCCUAGCUAGCUAGCAUGUGGUGAUCAGUGUAUAAAAAUAGUUUUGUACGUCUACCAGUACUAGUACUGUAUUUAUAAUGUUGGUACCAAUUAAGUGCUUUCUACAUCCAUAAAUGAAUGGAGUCCAUGGAUUUAUAUGAA